AUGGCAAAGCGCUCCGCUCAGGCGUUCAAUAUUAUAUUGUUUCAACAAUACAGGGUGCCGGUGUUCGUCCCCGGAGUGGACCCUGACUGCAAAACAUCGACUACGUGGAAGCUCGACGAUUAUGACCCUUCAUCGGGAAGAUGGUGGCUCACGGUCGGUGGGGUUGAAGGUAAUCCCAGUCCUCAGACUUUGACGAGUUGGUUCAGAAUCAGGGAAGUUGGAAAUGGUUACAUAUUAGGCUUCUGCCCUGCAGUAUGUGAUUCCUGCAUAUCUUUAUGCAAGGAGAUCAAUAAGUUGUCUUAUGAUUCCAAGGUCCGUUUGGGUCUGGCUAAAGGAGAUGGCGCCUCAUUCUACUUUAUGAAAGCAUCGAACGACAUAAAGCAAGAAUUGUAG